CACGAUUGCCUCGAGUGAAAGAUGAUCCGCCACUCAAUCGUCCAGGUGGCGCGCCAGGUCCGCUCUGCGGAACAUGCCACCCUUGUGACGGCCAACAUGCCAGCACGCCACAUGAGCUUCUUCUCGAGGCUGAAGGAGGAAAUCCAAGCUGAAUUGAACAACGAUGCCGCGAAGGAGACUACGGAGAAGUCCAAGGAUGCGAAGGAACAGUUUGAGAAACGCGCACAACAAACCAAGGACCAAUUCGAGGAAACGUUGCGGCAAGCUAAGGAAGAGGUCAACAAGAGUGAGUACUUUCAGGAGGCCAAAUCAAAGUUCUUUGACCCUCUCCACAACGUCAAGUCCAAAGUCGUGGGGAGUGCUCCCCAAGGCGUCAAGGAGACGUUAGUAGAAACGUUCUACGAAGUUUUUGGCAUGAACAAGAAGAAGUCUGUCGAGGAAACCCUCACGUCGUCUUUGGCGGACAAGCGCAAGGUGAAGGACACACCCGCGGAUGACGAACCUGUUGCAGAGUACACAGGCACGACGGCCAUGGUCGUUGUCAAGGGCGAGCAGACUGCAUGGGAACGUGUGGCGUCGCGUCUGCGCGAGACUCCCAUCAUUCAAGGCCUUCUUGAUGCUGCCAACCAAGCGGCCAAGACGGAAGCUGGCAAGGUGCUUGGAUCCACGGCCAAGAAAGCCCGCGACAAAGUCGGCGACGCGACCGAAGACGUCCGAGAGUAUUGGGAGACCAGUCAAAACCCGUGGGUCUACCGCAUGUCGUCAAUCUACGAUGGCUUGUUCGGCGAGACGGCCGAGAGCAUUGCGAUCAAGGAAAUUCGCCGCGCCGAUCCGUCCUUUGACGUGGAAACGUGGAAAGAUGCGGUGGCGGAAAACGUGGUGCCGCAUGUGCUGGAUGCAUUCUUGCGAGGGAACAGCCGCGACCUGAAGCAGUGGAUGGGCGAAGCUGCGUACAACACGGUCAACAUGGCGAUCCGCGAGCGAAAGUCGGAUGGUCUGGUCGUGGACCCUAACAUUCUUGCCAUCCGCAACGUGACUGUGAUUGCGCUCUCGGCGGAGGACAAGCAAGCGCCGAUCAUUGGGAUUCAACUCAUGGCGCAGCAAAUCAACUGCAUUCGGAACCGAGAAGGCGAGAUUGUCGAAGGAGCCGAGGACGAUAUCCAGGCCAACUUUUACAUUUUCGCAUUCCGUCGCGAGUACGACGAGGAAGCGUCCGCGUUGAAGUGGAAGAUCAUCGAGUUUGGCGUGAUUGGGUCCGUGCCGUACAUUUAAUUUAGGAUGGAGUCGCCACAUAGAGAAGAUUCGAUGCACUUCGUUAGUUAUGCCAUGUCACUCGUUUGGCCGUGGAGGUCUCGAGCAAUGCGACGGAUUGCGUCGUCCGAGUCCGUAGCGUCUUGCGUGAAUACAAACGACGGUAGCUACGCUCGACACGAUGAACGAAACAGUCAAGGAUGGUGCCCUACUUGAUCGGGAAGGAUGACGGCCGGCGCACUG